AUGAGGAGAUUAAUUUCACCAAAUUACUUGCCAAAUGACCUUUCCAAAGUUUACAAAGUUGAAUUUGAAGGAUUAGGCGGAAUUAAUUAUGGUUCUGAAGGAUCCAUAAGAAAAUUCAAAAUGAAUUCCACUUUUGGAUUGGUAAUAUUGAAAAGAAUGAUCAGUCAUGAUGAGCAAAUUAGAAAUCAAUUCUUCAAGUUCAUGAAAUCAUUUUUUAAAAUUUAUUGGAAUAGUCCUUAUUUUCAAUACAUGGAAGAAAGGAUUUCCAACUCUACAUAUUUCAUUGAAACAUAUCGAAUCAAUACAGAGAAAGUAUUAGAAUCAGGACAUUGGUCUGAGGAUGACAAAACUUAUGAACAAGAUAAAGCAGAUCGUGAUUUGGAAUUAAUUGAAUUGAUGAAAACCAUGAUUGGUGGAGAGAGUGAUGGAAUUUCUGAAGAUUUGAAUGGAUUGAGAUUGUAUCUUGAGAGAGAAUGUCCAAUUAUUGCAGAAUAUUAUGGGAGUGGUAUUGGCACAUUUUGGUCAAUGUAUUUCUUAAUGAUUACUAGACGAGGAGAUGGAAUUUACUUUGAACAAAUUGCUGAAGACUAG